GAACGCUGGAAGAGAAGGGGAGCGCAGGAUUUUCCAUCUCUUGAACCAAAAAAAGCGGGGAGGAGGAGGGAAGAAAGGAAAAGAAAAAUUGCAACUCUGCCAAUCAGAGCUCUCCUUUCCCUCCCUUGGCCUAUGGAAGAGGAGGGGGGGCGGGGAGUUCGGGCUGCGCUCCCCCAAUGGAUGCAAGCGCUGGAGCUAAAUUGAGAACAACAGUAAGCGGGAGGACCCCGGGUUUCAGCCCCGCCAAUGCUGGCUUUGAACUGCGGGGGAAUCUCUUAAUAGCUUCUGGACGGCAAGGUCAAGUCGGUUGGUGGGUGUGGAAGAGCAUCACCAUUGCUGUUAGUGGAAAACUGGAUGUCUGAGUGGGUUUUUUGUGUGGACAGCUAUGAAGAUUGCCAGACAAGAAGUCCCUGCUGCUUCCUUCCUUUCUGACCGAGCACUCCAGGGUGACUGAAUUCACUCUUUUUUUUUGUUCACCCCACAAAAGAUAUUCUGUUACCUUUGGCCAAACUGGAAAAGAAAGACUCUUGUGUUGAUUUCUGGCCUCCUACGUUGAUCUUUUUGUUUUUGCUUUUAGUAUGGCUGUUGGUAGAGUAGGUGGUUACCUUGAUAUUGAAAGGCACGUCAGUCAUAUUUUGAUCACCCAAACCUGGAAACAGUUCUUCACGUAAUGGAAUCCUGGAGUGGCCACAAUGCCCAUCACGCCGGAGAAUGUGGUGCUGUUUCUCCCUGUCCUUUACCGGUGGCUGCAGAAUCAUUUGAAGGAGGAGGUGGAAGAGCCGGAACAGAAGCUUUGCCGAUCCGCCAUCAAGAAACUGAGGGAGUACAUCCACUUGAACUUCCCGGUGGAAGAAGGCAUCCUUCAACAUGGUACGAACCCUGUGGACAUGGAGAUCUGUACUGUUUACCUUACCAAGGAUCCAGGAAACGCUGAAUCCCUUGGCCUAAGUUUUGGGAAUAUACCUGCUCUAGGGGACUAUGGAGAAAAGCGGAGAGUGGGGAAGAAGAGGAAGGGGCUCAAAGGCCCAGUGCUGGACGUUGGAAGCAUCUGGAUCACUGACUUAAAGAAAAACAGCCCAGCAGGGAAAUGUGGAAAGGUUCGUUUGAGAGACGAGAUCCUUUCCCUGAAUGGGCAGUUGAUGGUUGGAGUGGACAUCAGUGGUGCAAGCUAUCUUGCUGACCAGUGCUGGAAUGGCGGCUUCAUCUACCUGAUCAUGUUGCGUCGCAUCAAGCGCAAGGCCCCCCUUCCUCCAUCGAAUGGCAACAACAGCAACAGCAGCGAAAGCAAAGCCAGGCCCACCUCCGAGCCCAGCGGGAAAGCCUCUCAAAAUGGCAAAAGGACCAGGAAGUUUGGGGUCAUCACCAGGACGCCCUCCAGUGGCAAGGAGGCAAAGGGCAGUAAAGGCAGCUCCAGGACGGACCGUGAGAACGGGCACUGCACCCGUAUGGAAGUGGACGGGAUACCACCGGAGGCAUCCAAAACGGAAAGCAAGGUGGAGAAUCCGCUUCCGAGAGUAGACUCUCCGUUUCCAGCAGGACAGUACAGGACUCGGCUUUCGGAUGGAGGGAUUCUGGACUUAAAUGCAAGCGAACUGUCCCUGCAGCGAGAAGGUUGCCGGAUAUGGAAGAUGACCAUGAUGAAGGGGUCAGACGGGCUGGGAAUCCAGAUCACCGGUGGUCGAGGGUCAAGGCGCUCUCCGCACGCCAUCAUAAUUGCACGGGUGGAAGAAGGAGGCUCUGCGCACAGGGAUGGCAGACUGAAAGUGGGAGAUGAGCUCCUAAUGAUCAACGGUCACUCUUUGGUCGGCCUCUCCCAUGAAGAAGCCGUUGUUCUUCUUCGGUCAGCCGAAGGCCUGGUGUACCUCGUAGUUGCAAGCAGGGAUGGGGCGGAAGAGGAUUUUCUCAAUUACCCAUCUACAAGUUUGCCAGACUUAAUUAGCACCUGCUCUGUUCAAGAUUCAGCUCCUUGGACUGAGAAUAAAGAAAAUGAAGAGCCAGAGGAGGAGGAUGUCAAAGGAAAGAACCUCGUUCCAGAAGUCCAGGAACCUAUGACAGAUAUGGCUAAAUCUCCAGAUUCAGCUUGCACUGAGGGUUCCAAAGAAAACUGCCAAAGUCCAACUCUGGGAGGUGGUAUUUUGAAGUACAGAAGCCGAUCACAAGGGGCAGCGACUCGUUUAGAAUCCGUGGGAGAAGAUGACGAGUUGACAGUGGAAAAUGGAGAUAUGAGUUAUGAAAUAGCCAUGAAAUAUUCCCGAGGAGGGAGAAAACAUUCUCUGCCACAGCAUCUGGACACAGGCACCAGGCAGCAGGAGUACCAAAUUGUUAAAAAAUCCACCCGAUCAUUGAGUGCAGCUCAAGUAGAAUAUCCCUGGCGCCUGACUCAGCCGUCAAUUAUUUCCAACAUUGUUCUGAUGAAAGGGCAAGGCAAGGGUCUUGGAUUCAGCAUUGUGGGGGGUCAGGACUCUGCUCGGGGACGCAUGGGCAUUUUUGUGAAGACGAUUUUCCCGACUGGAACUGCUGCCGCCGAUGGAAGACUUAAAGAAGGGGAUGAACUCCUGGAAGUGAACGGGGAAUCUUUGCAGGGGCUGACCCAUCAGGAGGCCAUUCAGACAUUCAAGCAACUCAAGAAAGGUGUGGUGACCCUCACGGUACGGACCAGACUUCGUAGCCCCAGCCUCACCCCAUGUCCAACUCCUACUUUGCUGAGCCGCUCCAGUUCCCCAAGUUCCAGUGGAGGAGUCCCUUUACCAAGCUCUGAAGAUAUUGAUGUUUCCUCCUCAAGUCGCAAGGGGCCAGGACCAAAGGACAGGGUUGUCAUGGAAGUGACCCUCAAUAAAGAACCAGGUGUCGGGCUGGGUAUCGGUGCUUGCUGCCUCACGCUGGAGAAUAGCUUGCCGGGUAUAUACAUUCACAGUUUGGCCCCGGGAUCUGUGGCUAAGAUGGACGGGAGGUUAAGCCGUGGCGAUCAGAUCCUGGAAGCUGAUUCGGUCAGCUUGCGACAUGCAGCUCUGAGUGAAGCCUACGCCAUUUUGAGUGAAUGUGGUCCUGGCCCAGUCAGCCUUAUCAUUAGCCGCCACCCGAACCCAAAGGUUUCUGAACAGGAGAUGGAUGAAGCCAUCGCACGCACCACUCAGCGAGAAAGCAAGGAUGCCACAUCCUCUCAAGUCACAGGGAAUCUGCCCAAAAGUCCAUCUCCAAGUGUGAAGUCUAAACAGAGUGAAGCCUCCUCACCUUUGAGCUGGACAAUGAAACGAUUUUUGGAGCCAGUGAGUCGGCAGGGAUCUGUCAAUUCUGAAACAGAGCUAUCCCAGUACUUCCUGCAGGAUGGGGCUAGCCACUUGUCGCUUUCAGAGACUACGAUAACGGGCUCCAGCGACGAGGAGCAGCUGCGUCCUAAGAGCGGGAGUAGCUCCCUGGAUGAAAGUUUUUCUUCUCCUGGCGUGCCAACUCCUAAAGAAUCAGGCCUAUGUGAUUCGUCCAGUAGUGGAAACUCACCAGCUCUUAUGAACAAGCACAGGGAAGCUGUUCGGCACGUGAGUUUCAGCGAUAGCCCCAAAGGUGGCCGUACCGCGUUCCAGAGGCAGAGGAGGAUUGCUUUCUACGAUGGCGAUGCCAGUGACGAAGAUGACUUUGCCAAGCAAGAUGGCGUCCAGUUCCAGAGAGGACCAAAGCCCAAAGGCCAGAAGAAGGCAGAGGGCAACUGUGAGGGUGUCAGGGACACUGGUCCAACGGAAGGCAUCGAUGCAAACCAGGAGAAAGGAUUUUCCACGGAGAGCCACCAUGUUCCAACCACAAGCAUCUUUAGGGAUUUGGUGGAGAGUGCCAAGGAGUCCCUAGUCAAACCACUGGAUUCCUUGCAUACGCCAGAGCAUCACCUGAGCUUGAAGGACUACCGAGAGGCACAGCUGGAAUCUAAGAGGUCCCCUAAACUGGAGCACAAAGCAGUCACUAGAGUUAAAAGCCUUAUGAGCAUUGAGUACCAUGGGGUCCCGAGGCCAAAAAACGAAGAACACGGCCCUUGCAAUAAGCCCGUUGGGAGGGCGCUCCCGAAUAUCUGGAAGAGUGAACCACAAGAGAGUCCCCUUGGGCUGAGCUGUACCGAAGUGGUUACCCUGACUCGGAAUGAAAAGGAAUCCUUUGGCCUGGAUCUGGAAAUCCAUGCCACUCCCUUGCGGGUUGUGAUAACCGGGCUGCGCCCUGGUGGAGCAGCUGAAAGGGCAUCUAUGGGAAGGAUGACUGCUGGAGAUGAGAUCCUUUCUAUCAAUGGUAUCCCAAUCCAUGAAUUCUCCUACGAUGAUGUUUGUCAAUAUGUACGGGGUCUCCCCACAUCUAUCAUGCUAGAAGUGCAGAAGUCUGUUUCUGCUCUGAGCAGGCUUACGAGUCUCAUUGCGUCUUCAGAAGUGGAGGAGAGAGUCCAGCGGGAUCCGACCAGUGUUCUCAUGAUUGAGGAAGAAACCAGCUUUGCCAGUCAUAAAGAACCUUUGCACAGGGACGAUCCGGAUGACCGACCAGGAAGGGCAGAGCCUCCAUCUAAUGCCAAGGCCAAGGAGCAACUAACAGAUGCCUUUGAAACUAACUGUGCCCUGGAUAGCACUGUGGUUCCAGUUGCUGACACUGAUGAUUUCCUUGACAAAUGCAAUUUGUCAGAAGAAAAAGAUUCUAAGCGUUCAUUAAUUGGGGCCAGAUGCACCAAGGAAGAGGCUUCUGUGCUGGCAGAAGAUCGUGGUGCUAAUUCUCGGUCAGAUCGUGUUAAGAAUGACGUGCUUGAAAGGCCGCUGAAUUGCACAACGGACGCAAAAGAAAUCUUGGGGUUUUCUGCCCUUGAUUCUAUUAGCCCCAGCAAGAUUUUCACUGUGAAUCAAACCCGCUUGAGUAAUUAUUCCAGGAAUUUUAGCAAUCUAAAUGAAGACACUUUGGCUGGAAUGGAAAGCAAGAACAGCGUGGUUUCGGAAUCUAUGUAUGCGGCUGCAGAGGAUUCCAGCUCAGACACGGAAUCUGUUGUUGAAGCUCCUGGUCUUUUGGGUGGUUCAUCACUCUUACAAUCUGCUCGUGACAAUCCCUUGGAGACACAUAAUACUGAGUCAGACGAGGAGCAAAUUGAAAUUUGCUGUUUGAAUAACGAGCAACAUCAGGUUACUCAGCAGCUCCCAUCUACUACAAAAGUAUUUCAUCAUCCAACUGAAUGGAGUCCUUCGGACCAGGUUUUACCAGCAGAAAGCAUGGCAGAAGUCAGUGCCCUGGGAAUAUCCAAUGGGAAAUCCUCCUUGAAAGAACCACACUCUCCAAGCUCCAAUACACAACAAGCUACUCCAUCCUCCACCUUCCAUUCUCCUUCUCAGGUUUCUUCACUAGGUAUAGAUAGGUCAGAUCAUGCGCUGGAUAAUCAUGCAAUUGACUCUUUCCAUGACAAUGUUGCCUUAAAAAAACAAGGGGGGAUAACUUCUAAAUAUGAUGCUCAAGAGGCACAUUUGUGCUUGACAAAAAAUGUAAAUGGGUGGGACAGUAAGUUCGUCAGCAAUAAUACAACUCCCAAGUCAAAUACAGAAAGUGAUUUUGAAACAGAUCCUCAUUCAGCCGGUCCUCAUUCUGCUUUGACAAAAAAGGGAACUGCUGAUUCAACCCAGUCGAGUAAACCAGAGAGCAAUCUUAUGGAAUGUGCAUCCCAGAGGAUGGGGUAUGUUCCCAAAUCACCCCUCCUGGCAAAAUCGAAAGAUCUGAGUAAGGCCGCUGUUCCUCAUGACUUACCAGGGAAAAAUGAAAAAGCCAACGCAGUUCCUUCAUCGAAAUGUUCAAACGCAAAGAUCCAAAGUUCUUCUUCCAAUCAGUGCAAAGGCCUUUCAGUCCCAUGUAGUCUCCCCUCUUCCAAAAAACUGCAUCAGGAAACUCGAGGGAUUCCGCAGAAGAGUAUAGCAGAAACUCUUUCAAAUAACCUGCGAAACAAACCGGGACCAAAGUUAAAGGGCCUUACUAUUAAAAGCAAAGCCAAGGCAAAUUCAGAUGCCCUUGGUGCUAUUCCUGCCAAAGGGGGUGUAACUGAUCAGAAAAAACCUUCUCUUCCUGUCCAGUUAUCACCCAGACUUCUUACGAAGAAAGUCACGGCGCUCCGUAAUUUAGCUGCACAUUUGGAGCCGCAUGUCAGGAGCCUUGCCUCAGGCUCUAGGGCUCUUCAGCAGGAGGAAGAGAUGGCAAAUAAAUCCUCUUUAGCAGUACCUCAGGAAUCACUGCCGAAUGGUGAGAACACCACUGUGAAGAACAACAAAGGUAAAUCCAUUAACCAUUUGGAACGAAGCGAUGCAGAGGAACAAAAACAAUUGCCCGUUCCAAUUCAAGUUGUCGCAAAUCAUGAAAAGAUAGAGAAUGCUGACCACUUCCAAACUAGAGAAGUUCCAUCCCUGACGAAUGCACCUUCCAAAAUGAUGCCCAGGAGCGAUUGUGCGAGUGACCGAACUGAGAACCAUGGGAUGGAUAAGAAUGUGCCAAAUCCUGAUAGAUGCGAAAUUAGCCCCUUAGGGACUUAUGAUGCCGCGUCAUCUAAAAAAGAGUCUUCCAGACUUCUUCAUUCACAAGCCCAGCAGGAGCAAUCGGGUCAGUUAAUUCAACGCAGUUUCAUUGAGGUGAGACUCUCUUCCUCUCCCUUCGCGUCAACCUCAUUGAUUCUGCAGGAGGCUCCAGAGAAGGAAGACGGUACCAAUAAGAAGAUCAGCCAACUAGAGCGUGGAGUGCAGAGUUCUAUGCGGAAUGCCUUUGAGGAAGAAACCAUACACAGUGCAUUAAAACCUGUGACAAGGACUUACUCAAUGCCUACUCAGUUAUCGAAUCAUUUGAGAGAGGAGAGUGGCGCCAUGAAUCUGCCAGCACAUCACAUUCAAGAUAUCCUGGGCCAUGCUUCAGGUGAAAAGUACUCUCCUUCAGAGAUGGGUGUGCUGAAAAUUGUCCAUCUCAAUCUGAUGAAUGGUCAGAACACCCAAGGUGGCAAAGAGACGCUCAACAGCAUCCCAAAACCAAACACUCAGGAAUUGCCCUUAACCAACGACAACAGCAGUCGCAUUACAGACAAAUUAAAAACAUGCAGGAGGAAUUAUUACUAUUACGAACUCAACUGGCCGCAUGACCCCAUUUCGUCUUUCUCUGUGAAACAGAGAAUCAAAUCUUUCGAGAACCUGGCCAAUUUGGACCGGCCUAUAGUUAAAGCCAUUGACAUACACUCCACUGCUCUCAACUCUAAGCUUCCCAUUGGUCGGAGGCUGUCUGGCGGCAUGUCUACCGUUUCGGCUACCAGUGUAAACGAUGCCGUUCAGGCACUGAGACGAAGCUUGAGUUCAUACUGUGAAAGUGAUGGCCCAGCCUCCCCACGGAUGACAAAAUCGUCAACCACCUCAGCGUUAACUCAUCUGCAGCAGAAUUCUACAGAGAACAACAGCACAGAUGAUACUCCCUGGGAGGACAGUAAAAGAGAUGGUGCUUUGGGAGGUCCAACCAGCUUGCAAUCGUCUACCCCCAACUCCCGAAGAAGCAGGGCCUCAGGAGGGCACAUUAGACACACCCCCUUAUCCCGUUCCAAGAUCCGGGAGCUCAGGGCUUUGAGCAUGCCGGAUCUCGACAAGCUGUGCAGCGAGAACUUCUCCGUGGAAACCGAUUCUUCCCAUUUCCAAAGCGAGCUGGAAAUGGCACCUGCAGCACGGUCUCUUGGCCUUCCCAUUGAAAGUGUUUCCAGCCUCAAUGAAUGCAUGGAGCUCUCCAGCCUCGAGAUGACAAACAGGCAGCGCUCGAAAGAAAGCAGUCCCUGGACCAGUGGUUCUGGCACUCCUGGGUCAGCAUCGGAUGAGGAACUGCUGCAGCAUGAAGCCUCCCUAAAUAAAUUGCACUUGGAGAAGAGCUGGUCCAUCAGCUUGGAUGAACUCUUGGUCUCCACUCUGGAUCAGCAGAAGCUGCAAUCUGUUUUGUCUUCAGUGACAACAAAGUGUGAUGUUUCUUCUUUACUCCAGGAGGCCAAAGCCCAAGCACAGCAUAAAGAAGAUGUUUAUUUUGUAGUCUUAAAUAAAGAGGAGGGAUCUGGCCUGGGCUUUAGCGUUGCUGGAGGAGUAGACCUGGAACAGAAAUCAAUCAUCGUCCAUCGAGUGUUUUCAAAGGGGGUUGCAUCCCAGGAAGGAACCAUUCAUCGUGGAGACCUCAUCCUGUCAAUCAAUGGCGUUUGUCUUGCGGGGUCUGUGCAUGGGGAUGUACUCAAUGCCCUCCACCAGGCGAGGCUCCACAAAUAUGCCAUCAUCGUCAUCAAGAAGGAGAAAGGUGGAGAAAAGAUGUCUUCUUCCCACCCUGAACUAGCGACUUCUGGCAGGCAGACCUUGGUGGCGAGGAAGGACACAACGACGGAAAGGGGAACAGGUCCAGCUGGAGAGCUGAGUGAUACCAUUUGCAUUGAACUCUUGAAGACUUCUGCUGGCUUGGGGUUCAGUCUGGAUGGAGGAAGAGCUUCUCUUUCUGGAGACCGGCCUUUGCUCAUUAAAAGAAUAUUUAAAGGUGGCGCUGCUGAACAAGCUGGGAAACUGGACGUCGGUGAUGAAAUUCUUGCCAUCGAUGGAAAAUCCCUUCUCGGACUCAUGCAUUACGAUGCCUGGAACAUCAUUAAAUCUGUCCCAGAGGGACCGGUACAAUUGCUUAUCCGAAAACAUCAGUCUCUAGUAUGACGUGUGCACUAUUGACUUUUGAGUGCAUCCUUCCAAGCUUUGUAUGUCAGGUAGCUGAUACCUACCUUUCAGACGCCUCACAGAGUCAGUGAGAGUCCAUGUCAGAACAUCAGAAAGCCUGAAGAUGCAAGAAAUCGCUGUCGCCGCUGGUUCCCAGCUGGGCGGGAGACAUCAAAGUGCCACAUAUUUCUCCCGUUUUCUGUACAGACAUCUAAAUCUCCUUUCUCCAGUCCUGGACAGCUCCUGAUUCAUCAUUUGCGUGGGCAUCAACCAAAGCGAAGUUAUUGGUUGGCUUAAUUCAAGCCAAGCCUCAGCCUUGGGAUCUGUUUUUUAGUAUAUAAAGGUUUCACCCAGGAA